GAGAGCGAGCGCAAAGGGGCAGGACUCUUUCUCUCUCUGGUGCUUUUAAGAGGAAACUUUGUGUUUUGUUCUCCAAGUUCACUUUAGUUCUCGCUCCUCUCUCAUCCUGCCUUCAUGCGCUUAUUUCCGUGACGCGUGAGAUGCGCACCGGGACAUGGAUCAGUCCAGCUCCAAUUCCUCACGCAAGUCGUUUUAAAGCUGCGUUUCGGAUCGUAAUGUUUCCAAAAGUUUUCUGCACCGGACUGAACUGUAUGGAAUAAUGUGGCGGAUCGUUUUGCUGUGUUGCGCUCUGGAGGGUUCCGUUGCGUUCCGUCCACCUGCGAACGCGUCUCUUCUCGCACCUGUCCGCGGCGUGGUGCGCACUGUGGAUCGGAUUUAUCACGGAGGAGGAAAAGCGGGUUAUCUUCUGUACAUAGACGAGCAGCGCUUUCAGCUGGAUAUGGAGCGGGAUGAGUCUAUACUGUCUCAUCACUUCAGUUUGAACGCAGACGCGCCGCCGCCGCCGCGUCGGGAAUGCGUUUACCGCGGCACUGUCAACUCAAACGCGGAGUCGCUUGCGCUUUUCAAUCUGUGCGGCGGCGGACUCGACGGGUUUUUCGCAGUGGAUGACGCGCGGUACACAGUCACGCCGCUCAUCCGAGCCGACGCGACGCGCGCUCUCCACUAUUACACGCGCGAGAGCUUCGAUUUCGAAGCGAUGCCAGCGCGGCACAGUUGCGGCACGCGCGACCGCAAAGCGCGGAACGCGCGUACGCUCUUCACUAAGCGCGACGCGCUGACGCGACGCAAGCGCUCCGUGUCCCGCGCGCGGCACGUGGAGCUGCUGCUGGUCGCGGACGCGUCCAUGACGAAGAAGUACGGGAAGGACCUGCACCAUUACCUGUUGACGCUCGCGUCCAUCGCGUCCAAACUCUACGGCCACGCCAGCAUCGAGAACCCCAUCCGCCUGUCGGUGGUUAAAGUCGCGAUCCUGUCCGAGAACGAGAAGGGCAUCGAGGUGUCCAAGAACGCCGCCGCGACGCUCAAGAGCUUCUGUAAAUGGCAGAAUCAGCAGAACCCUCUGGAUGACGAUCAUCAGCAUCACCACGACGCGGCGAUCCUCUUCACCAGGCAGGAUCUGUGCGGUCAUCACUCGUGCGAUACUCUCGGUAUGGCUGAUGUGGGAACUGUGUGUUCACCGGAGCGGAGCUGUGCAAUCAUCGAGGACGACGGGCUUCACGCCGCCUUCACCGUGGCACAUGAGAUCGGGCACCUGCUGGGUCUGUCCCAUGACGACUCUAAGUUCUGUGAGGAGCGAUUUGGCUCCAGUGAAGACAAGCGGCUGAUGUCGUCCAUCCUGACCUCCAUCGACGCAUCCAAACCCUGGAGCCGCUGCACCUCUGCCACCAUCACUGACUUCUUCGACGACGGAAACGCGGAGUGUCUGCUGGACGCUCCUCGUCUGCCUCUCUUGGGUCCGGAGGAGCUGCCGGGUCAGAGAUACGAUGCGGUCCUGCAGUGCCGCCUGGCCUUCGGGCCGGAGUACACCGUGUGUCCCGGGAUGGACGUGUGCGCGCGUCUGUGGUGCGCCGUCAUCAGGAAGGGACAGAUGGUGUGUCUGACCAAGAAGCUUCCAGCCGUGGAGGGAACGCCGUGUGGGAAGGGCCGGAUCUGUCUGCAGGGGAAAUGUGUGGACAAAACCCGAAAGAGACACUACUCGAUGUCGAAUCACGGCAGCUGGAGCUCCUGGGGUCCGUGGGGUUCGUGUUCUCAGACGUGUGGCGGUGGUGUCCAGUUUGCACAUCGUCUCUGUAACAACCCUCCUCCCCGAAACAACGGCCGCUACUGCACCGGGAAGAGAGCCGUCUACCGCUCCUGCAGCAUCACGCCGUGCCCUUCAGCCGGGAAGAGUUUCCGUCAGGAGCAGUGUGAGCUGCGUAACGGCCCUCAGACGGACCCUAAAGGAGUGAAGACCUUCGUUGAAUGGGUGCCGAAGUUUGCCGGCGUGCUUCCCAAAGACAUGUGCAAACUCACCUGCAGGGCCAAAGGGACGGGAUACUACGUCGUGUUCUCGCAGCGGGUGGUUGAUGGGACGGAGUGCCGGCCGUACAGCAGUUCGGUGUGUGUGAAGGGGAAGUGCGUUCGCACUGGCUGCGACGGGAUCAUCGGCUCGAAACUUCAAUCCGACAAGUGCGGCGUCUGCGGCGGCGACGGAAACAGCUGCAUCAGAGUGGCUGGAAACUUCACCAAGAAGAGCAAGGGCUACACAGAUGUGGUGAAGGUUCCCGAGGGCUCGACGCACCUGAAGGUCCGACAGUACAAAGCCAAAGGCCAGUCGCGCUACACAGCGUAUCUGGCGCUGCGGCGGCCCGGAGGAGAAUACCUGCUCAACGGGAAGUUCAUGAUCUCCACAUCCGAGACCAUCAUCCCCCUCAACGGCUCCGUUCUCAACUACACCGGCUGGAGUCAGCGGGACGAGGCCCUUCACAGCAUGGGCCCCGGGGCCCUUCAGGAAAGCCUGGUGGUGCAGAUUCUGGCCACGGAUUCUAAGAAACCACUAGACAUCCGCUACAGCUUCUUCAUGCCGCGCAAAAUGCCACUUCCGCCGCGAACGGUCGCCACGUCUUCGGGAACCGCCGCGGCACUGUCCUCGGCGGAGAUUGUGACGUUUACGACCGAGGUUCCUGCGACGACGACGAUGCCCGCGGGGCCGCGCUGGGUGACGGGAUCAUGGAUGACGUGCUCCAGAACUUGCGAUACGGGUUGGCAGAGUCGCACGGUGCAAUGCAAGGACCCUCAAGGGAAGCUGUCCAAGAGCUGCCCGCUCAGCGCCCGGCCGUCGGCCUUCAAACACUGCCUGAUUAAAAAAUGUUGAGGACCCCUCAAUCAGACGAACUUCCUGACUGAGCUUCGUGAAGCACGUAGACUGAACCGUUGCAGUUGCGUUCCGAUCACUGUGGGAUUCUGCUAGCGUUCACAAUUGUGUUGCGUUGUGACUCUGGAGCUUUAGCUGUAGCCUUGAAUGUGGUGACGUUCAGCCACGCCCCUUUGACAAGGUCACGCCCCUUCAUUCGAAUGACACGCCCCUUGAGUUCACACUGACAGUGAUUUAAAGCAUUUCUGUAGUGUUUGAGGCUCUGGCUUCGAAUGAGUCAAUGUUCAGCCACGCCCAUUUGACAAGGCCACGCCCCUUCAUUCAAAAGACACGCCCCCUGAGUUCAGACUGGCAGUGAUUUAAAGCAUUUCUUUAGUGUUCGAGGCUCUGGCUUCGAAUGAGUCAAUGUUCAGCCACGCCUAUUUGACAAAGCCACGCCCUCAAUCCAAACAACAUGCCCCUUGAGUUUUAAACUUUUUGAAAACAU